AGUUCGGAGCGGAAGUCAAGGGGGUCGAGAGCGACAGCUGCAGAUGGAGGUGCAGGUGGUGGGCAGAUUGGCUCCUAAACUGGGCAUCGCUUCCAGGACUGUCACCAGAAAAGCAGAGGAAUAUCUACGCUUAUCAGAAGUAAAAUGUACAGGCUUUUCUACACACAUAACAGCAACCAGCUAUGCAGUGAUGUGUCUUGAUCUUGCAGCAUCUUCACUGAAACACCCAAUUGACAAAGAAUUUGUUGUGAAAUUGUCUGGAUUAAACAAGAAGGUUUAUCAGAGCCAUCUGAAAGCCUUGGAAUCCAUGCUUGGCCUGGACUCUCAGCUAGGAAUUCGAGACCUUGCAGUUCUGCACGGCUGUAUGGAGGCAGUGGAAGCAACAGUUAAUAUUCUUCAGAGAUAUGAAGCCAGUCUGUCAGAAGCACAGCAGGGCGACCUCGAUUUCUCCAAGCCACUGUUCACAACUGCAGCACUAUUCACAGCUUGCAAGUGCAUGAAAAUAAAAGUUGAUAAGAACAAGCUGAUGGUGACAUCUGGUGUGAAGAAGAUUAUUUUUGACAGACUCUGCUCCCAGAUGGAAAAGUUUGGACAACUGAGCUGCAAAUCUGCUGGACAAUCAAAUCCAAAUAAGAGGCAGAGGAGCCUACUGGAGGAGUUAGAAAAGAAGGAAGAAAUUAAUGCAAUGGAGCCUAAACAGGAAAAUGCUGAAUCUAAUGCAGCAAAGAAAGAGGAUUACAAGGAGUGGAAGAGGCGGAUUUUAGAAAAUGCGGCGAAGAAGAUGGAUUCUUAGCAGGCAAUCUGAGUUGAUCCUUUGUGUGACAGAGCUCGAUCCACAGUUAUGUGAUCCAUAACUUAUUUUUUUGGGUGGAGAGUAUUGAAAAUUCAAACGAUGUGCCAAUUGGAACGUAGAUUUAUGGUGAGAUUAGAUUUUCAAUUUUGGCUGACUGUGUACUCAAUACUCCUGACAUCGACACUCCAACUCUGAGCAUUGCAAUCAAUACCAGUGUCACAGCCUGAAUUAAGACAUGUAGACAGCUGAGAUUCGAACCUAAUUUAAAAAGAACUUCAAAUCAAUUGCAAUUACUCCAGGGGCUUGAUCCUCUCCCAUAUCCCAGUGAAGGGGUGAGAAGACACUUGCAUGCAAGGAACAACACGCCAGGCGUGAAAAUUCUCAAGAGCUUUCUGUGUUUUGAUUUCAAAAUCAUGCUAGAGUGUUUGGCAACAUUUUACGUUCUUCAGUUUUAAAA